AUGAGCACAUUAAAGAAGGGUGAUCGUGUAUUGUUAUCUACUGAAGGCCUACGAGAAUCAGCAGUAACCAAUCUCGGCGCGAGCAAACUCGCGCCACGUUCCAUCGGACCAUUCACGGUACUCAAGGCGAUCGGCGACGCAUACACGCUGGACAUCCCAUCGUCACUGCGACUUCACCCGACAUUUUACGUCGGGCGGCUCAAGAAGAAUCGUCCAGCUACGCUUCACGGGUUGGCUCCGUCCUCGAAGUCAAAGGCUCAUAGGUCGACCUUCCGUCUUGCCUUGCUCGACGCGCCAGCGACGUCGGACGCGGCUGCGUACCAGCCUGUGCGAGCCCAAGAACAUAGCGUUCCAGGUUCCGCAUCCGUUCAAGCAGCUCGCGGUUCGACUGUGGAAUCUCACUGGCUGUUCUCUCAGCCCGCGCAUCUCGAUCAAGGUCAGCUUCAGCUUUCAGCUGGGCAUCGACGGCCUUGUUCAGAGCCGCGUCUACAUCGCCUUAUGCAACCAGGACGCCAUCAGUACCAUCGCGAGGGCCCACCACCGCUUAUGGAUGCGGAAGGUCAGAAGAGCUGGAUCGUGAAACGCUUGUUGGGUCACGAGGACCCUCGUCGCGAAACGAAAUUGACGCGACUCCAUGAGCGCGCGAUUAAAACCGCGCGCAAGUAUCGUGUGCGUGGCUCGAUUAUCCACCCGAGGAGGAUACGUGGGGGCCGCGCUCUUCGCUUCUUCGAGACGUUCCAGACGUCGUUCGGGUUUACGAGUCCGUGCAUACGCUUGGUUCAGAUCUGGUCGACGACCUGA